AUGGAAGACGAAGAUGAUGAUAUGGUGAGAGAGGGGCUAAUAGCUUCUCCAAGAGAGAUCUUCAGCAUUUCUGGUCCCAUCCAUUUAACUUCCAUUGAUUGGAAUAAUUCGUACCAUAGAACCUCGGUGGCAUCAUGUUUGGUACAAGCAGUGUACACACUGGAACGAGACAGACAGCAAAGCCGGAUUGGUCUCAGAUCACAAGCCAAUCACUGGUGGGAGUUUUUCAACUUCACUUUAGCCGAAACCCUAAUCGACCAAUCAGACAGCUCCAUAUACGGCGCCGUUUUCGAGUACAAACUCUUCUCCUACAACUACCAUAAUAACCCUCACUCGAAAAUGCCUCCCCGUCACGUGAUCGCGUUUCGCGGCACGAUCAUGAAGCGGCACUCACGGUCACGUGACCUUAGGCUCGACCUACGCUGCAUCCGCGACUGCCUUCAAGACAGCACAAGAUUCGUGCAUGCGAUAGAGGUGAUCCAAACCGCGGUGGCUAAAACGGGCAAUGCAGCUGUGUGGCUCGCCGGACAUUCUCUUGGGGCUGCCGUGGCUUUGCUCGCCGGGAAGAUCAUGACUAGAAAUGGUUUCCCUCUCGAGACUUACCUAUUCAAUCCACCUUUCUCGUCGAUUCCGAUAGAGAAGCUAGUGAAGAGCGAGAAGCUUAAACAUGGAGUUCGAUUCGCCGGAAGUGUCGUCAAAGCCGGAGUAGCAAUCGCUGUCAAGGGUCGAAACCAUCACAAUAAGGGUCAAGAAGACGAUUCCUUCAUGAAACUAGCAUCAUGGAUACCUUACUUGUACGUGAAUCCGUCAGAUCCAAUCUGCUCAGAAUACAUUGGUUACUUCAAGCACAGGAACAAAAUGUUUGAGAUCGGAGCCGGAAAAAUCGAGAUGAUCGCUACGAGGAACUCACUUAGGAGUCUGUUGUCCGGAGGAGGAAGUAGAGGAGGAGGAGGAGGGAGUUCUUGUUCAGAUUCUUCAUCGGAGCCUCUUCAUCUUUUACCAUCGGCUUACAUGACGAUAAACACUAGCAAAUCGCCUGACUUUAAGAGAGCUCACGGUCUUCACCAGUGGUGGGAUCCUAUGUUUAAUGGUGAAUAUGUUUUGCACCAGUUUAAUCACUGA